AUCGCUCUUGCUUCAAAAUUCUAAUGAUAGCGAGGUACUGUAGGAAACGACGCGGUAGCAGCUGUAUAUCCAAUUAUUCGUAGUUUUGGGUUGGUUGAUUAUCCCAAAAUAAUUUUGGAGAACAAAAAUAAGAACUUUUCUUCUUUUAAUCAAAUCACGGUCCCUCCCACUAAUCGGCGGAUCCACCAUUUUCCCCUGUCUGCAACGUAACACAUCGGAUUCAUCCACUUUUUCAUUCCAUAUUCUGAUUAUUAUUAUUAUUAUUAUUAUUAUUAUUAUUAUUAUUAUUCAAUAUUCAUGGCGUCAAGUUUUGAUCGAUGGGAAAAAGAUCCUUUCUUUAACGCCGCCGAAGAAGUUCAAGAAUCUGCAGACAGAUUUUGCUUGUUAUGGAUGUGUUUUGAAGGACGGAAUCUACGUAUAGAACAUGGGUUCAUGCAAUGAGAGAUUCCUCUAGCCCAUGGAACUCUGAUGAAAUCCGCCGAGAUCUACAAACCGCCCUUGGCACUGCUAAAUGGCAGCUAGAGGAAUUUGAACGGGCAGUUAGGACAAGUUAUAACAAAGUUUCAAGUGAGGAUGCGAAAAAUAGGCACCGAGAUUUUAUUGAUGCCAUUGGUGGCAAAAUUACCAAUGUUGAACAUUUGUUAAAAGAAUCUGUUCAUUCAAGUAGCAAGGCAUCUCUACCUUGGACACGUCUCGACGAAGGAGAACGAGAUGAGCUUGCAUCGUUUCUUUCGGGAACACCAACUGCUGCUGAGAAAAGCGCUAUUGAAUGUGUCAGCGCAGAUGGUGAAAAUCUGCAGUUAAGUGAUAAAGAUUCGUUCAGUAAUUGUUCAAGCAAUUUGCAUGUUUCAUCUGGGUGGGGUUCGUCCGAAGCAUUGCCAGAGAAAUUGCAUGGCCAUCGCAGGGCUGCUAGUGCUGAUGCUGAUAUUAGUUCUUGGAAAAUCAAUGUUGCUGACAAUGUGCAACAAUCAACUUCCUCCAAUGGCUCUUCUGGUCCUGUGCAUAAGGUAGCCAGUCUUUCUGGAUUUUUUGGUUCCAUGGAAACUAUCUCUAAGUUGAAGUGGUCUAAGAAUGGUUAUAGAAAGCUUAAAGCAGUAAAUCAUUGUGAAGAAAUGGAUAACACACUACUACCAUCAGCUGGAAUGAAUGGGGGCCUCAAUGCAUACUUUGAAAGAAGUAAGAGUUGCCUUGAUAAUUGUGAUGAAUGUUAUGACAAACAACUCCGCGGGUGGUACGGGGCCUUGCAAAGGCAGCUUCAAAGAUCUCAGUACCAAAUGCAAUACAAUCGGCAUGUUCAAAUAACUGUCUGGGCUGUUAUUCUCCUUUGCUUGAUUGUUUUAAUUGCUUUUUGCACGAUGUAGAAAGGAAGAUUUAGAUACGUUGUCUAUAAAAUUAUGGUUCGCGGCAGGCAGAAUGGGAGACUGACAGGCAAACCUUUAAUUCGAGUUCAUACAAUUUAUGUUGUCGCUUAAUCAAGCGAGAGUUAUUUUUUACUGGUUCUCGCUGCCAUACAUGGUGUUGAUAUAACAUUUCAAAUGCUUUGAUGUUAUUAUUUAGAGUCUUCCAUUACGCAAAGCAGUAGCACUUCCUUUCUCUUUUUUGCUAUCUGUUUUACUCCUAUUUUAGUAUGAUCUCAUGAAGAGUAUUCGUUCUUCAAUGUUGUACUAUAUCAUAAGAUCAAAAUGUACAGGACAAAAUGAAUGAACAAAUGUUGUAACGAAUAUAAUUUUUUCUUGUUUCAAGAACUGUUUUGUACCAAAGAUGAGACAAUAUAUUAUCAUCAUUCUCGUCAA